AUGGAGCCUCUUUCGGCAGCGGCGGGAGACUCAGAAACAACUCACUUGGUGAACCCCCGGACUCCCCGCAACGCCGGCAGCCUCCGUCUCAAGAGCCUCUUCACAGAGCAUUCAAAGUCACCCUCGGAAGAACAAGGUCCACCGGAGCAGCCUCAGUUCCGCCACUGCCACAUAGACCCCAUCCCUCGGGCUGGCCUUAGCCCUGAGCAGCUACAGGCCCAGAAGCAACUGUGUGCUGCCUGUGCUGUCUGUUUCCUCUUCAUGGCAGGGGAAAUUGUGGGUGGAUAUUUAGCACACAGCCUAGCCAUCAUGACUGAUGCCGUCCACCUGCUGGCAGACGUGGGUAGCAUGGCAGGCAGUCUCUUUUCCCUGUGGCUCUCCACUCGCCCAGCCACUCGAACCAUGACCUUUGGCUGGCACCGCUCAGAAACCCUAGGGGCUUUAGCCUCUGUGCUGUCCCUCUGGAUUGUCACUGCUGUCUUGCUCUAUCUGGCCUUCGUGCGCCUCCUGAACAGUGACUACCACAUUGAGGGAGAUGCCAUGUUAAUCACCGCAGGCAUUGCCGUCUGUGCCAAUCUUUUAAUGGCUUUUGUGCUGCACCAGGCUUCUCCCGGACAUAGCCAUGGGUCCAAGGGAACUGAGUAUGCUCCGUUGGAGGAGGGGCAAAGGGGUCCUCUGAAUAUCUACAACACCAGCGUGCGAGCAGCUUUUGUGCACGUUCUGGGGGACUUACUUCAAAGCUUUGGGGUUCUGGCUGCAUCUAUCCUCAUCUACUUCAAGCCCCAGUAUAAAGCUGCUGACCCCAUCAGCACCUUUCUGUUCUCCAUCUGUGCCCUGGGUUCUACUGCUCCCACCCUCCGGGAUGUUCUUCGGAUCCUGAUGGAAGGUUCUCCCCCUGGCAUUUACUACGAACCAGUUCGGGACCUGUUACUGUCAGUGCCAGGAGUCAAGGCAAUUCAUGAGCUGCACUUGUGGGCACUGACCCUCACUUAUCAUGCUGUUUCUGCCCAUCUCGCCAUUGACGCCACUGCAGACCCUGAGGCCACCCGGGCAGAAGCCUCCUCACUGCUCCACACCCGAUUUGGAUUUAGUAGCAUCACUCUCCAAGUGGAGCAGUACCAGCCUGACAUGGCGCAGUGCCCAAGCUGCCAGGAACCCCCUCAGGCCUGAGCCUUUCAGGCUUCCCCACUUAUCUUUCUUCCUGCUGCCCAGGGAC